CGUUUCUUUCUCCCGUUCUCCCUUUCUUUCUUUCAGUCAGAGAAAUCACACAAACCCAACCACAAAACCCUAGCACUGUAAGCCUACACCACCGCCACAAGGAGGUGCAUACUGCCGCCGUCCGUCGCACUCAAAGUUCGCCAUCCGUUAUCUAGCUUCCCUCGUGCUCCAAUUCUUCAACCCCUGUUCGCUGUCACCGAUCGCGGUUGCUUCCUCGAGCUCGGCGUCCGUCGUCUUUGUCUGCUCAGCCGCGCUUCCGUCGCCGUUUGUUUGCCGUUCACGUUCGCGUUCGCUCGGCGUUCACCGUUCGCGUUCACUCGUUGUUCACCGUUCGAGUUCGCGUUCGUCUGGAAGCCACGUUGCUCUGCUUCAAACUCUGCGACCAACCCGCGUGCUCCACUCAGCAGUCGAACUGCUCUCUGUUGUCCCCGCCGUGAGUUCCCUAAACCCGCCACCAGACAAUACACUCACACAACAGACAACACCAAUACUCUUCUUCAAACUCUGCAACUUCUGAUUUCUACUACAAUAACAGCAGCAGCCAGCGCCCAGUUCCUAGCGCCGCCGUCGCCGACGAACUCUUCUCUUCAGCCAGCGUCCAGCCCCGGUGUCGCCGAUCCUCUUUUCCUAGAUCCCUUCUCCUCGCUCGCUAGGUCUUCUUGGAGCUGCUGUUGGCAUUGCCGCCUCUGUCCUCAUCGUCGUCGGCCACCCUGAACUUGUGUCUCUGUCCUCGUCGUCGAGCCCUCCCUCGCGCGCGCAUCGAGCCUCUGUCUUCGAUCCCCUCUCUGUCCGAGCUCACUUUCCUCCCUCCGUCGCCGUCGCUUUUCUUCCUCCCUCGCCGCCCCAUGGAAGCGAAUUGUAUAUCUCUGUAUCUAUUUGUAGCAAGAAAGUAGGCUAGGCUUUACCCGCGGGCAAGCUAGCUAGCAGAAAGUGAGUGAAGCUGCUUUGGUCUACUCUGGGUGCACAAUUAUUAUUGUAAAUAAUGAGAUAUCGGUACGCCAUGGUGUGUUCAUCGAACCAGAAUAGGAGCAUGGAAGCGCACUUCCUCCUAAAGAGGCAGGGCUUCGACGUCUCUUCUUACGGCACAGGUGCGCACGUUAAGCUUCCUGGUCCCUCCCUCAGAGAACCCAACGUCUACGAUUUCGGUACCCCUUACAAGCAAAUGUUCGAUGACCUUCGCAGAAAAGACCCUGAACUCUACAGACGAAAUGGAAUAUUGCCGAUGCUUAAAAGAAACUCAACAGUCAAAACAGCACCUCAACGAUGGCAAGACAAUGCUGCUGAUGGCUCCUUUGAUGUGGUAUUUACAUUUGAGGAAAAAGUUUUUGAUAUGGUUAUUGAAGAUCUUCACAAUAGAAAUCACAUUCACAUGAAAAGUGUGCUGGUAAUCAACUUGGAGGUGAAAGAUAACCAUGAGGAAGCAGCAAUAGGAGCAAGGCUUACUUUAGAUCUAUGUCAAGAGAUUGAAGCUACUGAUUCAUGGGAGGAGACCAUUGAUGACAUUGUUGGUGGUUUUGAAAAACAACACCGGCGGAAGUUGUUGUAUGGCAUCUCCUUCUACUAAUAGAGUAUCCAAAAUGUUGAGCAGUAUUUUCAUUUUUGUAUGGAUUAGUCUUCCAUAACUUAGAGCCACUUAAUGUAAAAUUUGAUGUAGAUUUCAUUUUUAAUGAAAUUUAAUGUAUCCUAUAUGGUUUAGAUGUGUCAUGAUGGUAUUCAUUAGGAGUCAAGCUUCAAGGGGUGGCUAGUCGCUGACUUUGGUCUAAAGACAACAAUUUCCUGUGAGAAAAGUAUUUGGAAAUGCACUUAUAAUUAGUUCCUAAUUUUUUUUAGCAUACAUGAUUACAAUUAAAUUCCAUGGGUUAAUUUGUA